AUGGGGUCAUUGGGUCGGAGGAGCAUGUGCACGGUGGCGAAAGCGGUGGCAGAAAUCACAGGCACCGGCAACACCAAGAUCCGCAAAUCUUCCAGUGAACUCUGCACCUUCCUUGGCAUCCCUCACCAGUCUCGUUCCGAGAUUGCCCUUAUUCUCUCCAAGUUCAUCAAACUCUACAAUUUCCGGAGUCCUGGUAUUAAGAAGGACAAGAUUUGGGAGCAGAAUUUGCAAACGCUAUUGCGUGGAAGAAACAGUGUUGGUUUUCCUGAGAUUGCUAAGAUCCUGUCUUCAGAAUUCAGCCAGGGUGCCAUUAAUUUGAAGGACAAUAACAUGGAUUCUUCAAUGGAUAACGCAAAGGGCAAAGGUUCUCAAAAGAAAGGGAAGCAUUCUAAGAAGAAGUAG